AUGAAGGCUGAAUUAAAUGUAACGUAUAUAACUCUUGAUGGAUAUAUUGGAUUGCAGGAAUACAGAUAUCUUUAUUUUACGAUCAUGUUAAUAGUAUAUAUUCUAAUAAUCUGCUGUAAUGCUACCAUUGUGUUUCUAAUUGUGACUCACAGAAACCUCCAUGAGCCUAUGUACAUUUUCAUUGCAGCUUUGUUAAUCAACUCUGUUCUUUACAGCACUAAUAUCUACCCAAAGAUUCUGUUUGAUGUUUUAUCUGAAAAACAGGUCAUAACUUAUCCACUUUGUAUCUUUCAAGGAUUUUCAUAUUACACUCUGGCCUAUUCAGAGUUUUUACUGUUGGCAGUCAUGUCCUAUGACAGGUAUGUGUCUAUAUGUAAACCUCUGCAAUAUCCAACUAUCAUGAGAAAAAUUACUGUCAAAGUCUUAGUGAUUUUUUCGUGGCUUGUGCCUGCUUGUGAGCUCUCAGUGACACUUGCAUUGAAUGUUAAUAUAAAACUCUGUAACGUAGUUGUGAAGGGAAUUUUCUGCAACAAUUCAGUUUACAAACUUCAGUGUGCAAUCUCAGUAGCAAUGUCUACUUAUGGUGUGGUUGUGUUGUUGAAUAUUUCACUUCUCCCUGUGCUCUUCAUACUUUUUACAUACACCAGGAUACUUAUAAUAUCCUAUAGAAGCAGAGGAGAAGUCAGGAAAAAAGCUGCACAGACCUGUUUACCUCACCUUUUGGUUUUAAUCAGCUUCACUUGUUUUUUUAUUUAUGAUAUUGUUGUAGUUCGAGUGGAAUCAAAUUUUCCAAAACUUGCCCGUUUAAUAAUGACUUUACAAGUGACUGUGUACCAUCCUCUCUUGAAUCCAAUCAUAUAUGGAUUAAAAAUGAAAGAAAUCUCUAAACACCUCAAGAGGCUGUUGUUUCAGAUCAAACCACACUAA